AACCGAUUCUUAUUCAAAUUAAAUAUGAGUGGUUCAGAGAAGCUUGAAAUCGCCGAUUUAACGGCCUUGAAUGCUAUUGCCGCCGGGAGCAAUAAGAAGAACCCAAGAAUCGUAGCUGCCGGAAUCGGUGGGAAAUUAAUGGGUACAAAGUCGCUCGUUACGGUGACAGCGGAACAAUUGACCGAAGAUUUAAAACACAACAACUCCUUGUCACAAGAACAGAAGAAUAAAAUUAUCCAGGAUGUCAAGGAUGCAAAGGUCGCCAAUGAGGUCAAGAAAACCGAGGAUGCUACCAAGUUACACAUUAGUGAGCAACCUUGGACUCUUAACAACUGGUACAAGCAUGUGAACUGGUUGAAUUUUGUAUUGGUAAUUGCUAUCCCAAGUUAUGGAUUAUUUCAAGCAUUCCAAUACCCUCCAUGUCUCAAGACCUUAGUGUUGGCAUUUGUGCUCUAUGCCUUUAGUGGUCUUUCCAUCACCGCUGGUUACCAUAGAGGUUGGGCUCACAAGGCGUACGAAAUGUCUACUCCCGUCAAGUGGUUUUUUGCAUUAUUUGGAGCGGGUGCUAUUCAAGGAUCUGUCAAAUGGUGGGCACAUGGCCACAGAGUCCACCACAGAUACACAGACACCAACAAGGAUCCAUAUGAUGCCAGAAAAGGGUUCAUGUAUAGUCAUUUGACGUGGAUGUUGACGAUUCCCAACCCUAAGCACAGAGCCAGAGCCGACAUUUCGGACUUGAUUGCCGACCCUGUUGUCAAGUUCCAACACACACACUACAUGGCUCUCUUACUUUUGAUGGCAUUCAUCGUUCCAACCGUGACGGCCGGGUUAUUUUGGGGAGACUACUGGGGAGGUUUUAUCUACGGAGGAAUUCUCAAGACGUUUGUUAUUCAACAAGCAACCUUCUGUGUCAAUUCGUUGGCUCACUGGAUUGGUAAACAACCAUUUGAUGACAGAAGAACCCCCAGAGAUCAUGCAUUGACGGCAUUGGUGACGUUUGGUGAAGGAUACCAUAACUUCCAUCACGAAUUCCCCAGUGAUUACAGAAAUGCCUUGAAAUGGUACCAAUACGAUCCUACCAAGGUAACCAUUUAUGUGUUGUCCAAAUUGGGCUUGGCCCACAACUUAAGAACCUUCAGUCAAAACGCCAUUGACCAGGGCAGAUUCCAACAACAACAGAAGAUGUUGGACAAAAUGAGAACAAACUUGCAAUGGGGUCAACAGGUGAGCGAAUUGCCAGUAUGGGACAGAGAAGAGUUCAAUACCAGAGCUAAGAAGGAAGGUUUGAUUUUGAUUUCAGGUAUAAUUCACAACGUCAAGACGUUCAUCAAAGAACAUCCCGGUGGUCAAGCAGUUGUCAGAGCCUCUUUAGGUAAGGAUGCCAGUGAGGCUUUCAACGGUGCUGUGUAUGCUCAUUCCAACGCUGCUCAUAACUUGUUGGCUAACAUGAGAGUGGCGGUGUUGAGGGAUUCGAACCCUAACAACAACACCUUUGCUGUUCAACAACAAUACUUGGAUGACCAUGCUAUUUAUAAGAAGCUUCUGUAGAAGUGCAUAUGAGAAAUUUAAUUCUUUUGGAACC